GGUUAAAAAUGCAAGUAUUACCUAAUGGUCAAAUGAAUCAUUGAAUUGUCCAACACGUGUAAAGUACCAUCGAUUUGGGACGUUUUUGAUAUUUUGUCUGAUCUUUCUAACGGCUUUAUUUUUAAUUUAUUGAUCAAAAAGGUAUUGAACUGCAUUGAAUUUCUGUUAGAUAUUGCAUAAAAAACUUGAAUUUUGAUUGUUCGAAUAACCUUUUCCCUUUUAUAAAUUAUUUAACAACGAAAGCAGCAAAUAAGCGUGGAGAUGAAAUAGAGUGAGAAAUAGUGAGAGUGACUUUAUCCCGCCAAACAACAGUAUCACAACACAUUCUUUCACAUAAUACUGUAUUUACUUCUUCUGUUUCCAUCUCUCUGUUGGCUGAAAUCCAAGUCUUGUUUUUGAUUCUUCAACAGUUUUUGUCAUCAUCCAUCCUGCUGUUCCCUGUUGCUUUAUAUUGGAUCUGAAUAUUGUUUCUGCCUGUCUGCUUCAUCAAUUGUUGUCACAAUAAUUACAUCAAUUAGACAGACCUGUCAGGAUCACUGUUAAAGUGAAGAACUGAUUCUAUCAAUUUUUUUGUUGCUUUACUUGAACACAACUUACAUUCUUCUGAUUAUUAUUUUUGCAUCUCAUUCGAUUUCACAUGAAGUUUGUUAAGUAUACAUCGAUUGGACUUAUUAUUGGUUUUGGAGGCUAUGCUUGUUACCGGCUGAUUGUUAAACAGCGACCAAAUAAAAAUGUUAAACUUGUACCUAAAACUAAACCUCCGCCAUUUUCAUCUGAACCAGUUGCUGAGAAAGAUUUGCAGACAAAUACAAUGAAUUCAUCGUCAACAUUGUUACUGAAGCAAGACAAGAAAACAGACAUGUCUUCCUCAGAUAUAUCUAAAGAAAUUUUUCAGCCACUUGAUUCGGAACAGCUACCACCAAAAGAAGAAUUACAAAGACGGCUUGGUGAAAACUCCAAACCCGGUGAAAACUCCAAACCCGGUGAAAACUCCAAACCCGAUGAAGACACUAAACACGAUGAAGACACUAAACCCGGUGAAGAAACUAAAUCCGAUGAAGACUCCAACCCCGGUGAAGACUCCAAACCCAAUGAAGACAUUAAACCUGGUGAAGACUCCAAACUCCAUGAAGACUCCAAACCCGGUGAAGACUCCAAACCCAAUGAAGACAUUAAACCCGAUGAAGACACUAAACCCGGUGAAGAAACUAAAUCCGAUGAAGACUCCAAACUCGAUGAAGACUCCAAACCCGAAAAAGAAUCUAAAACUGAUGAAGACUCUUAUCCCACUGAAAACUUUAAACCUGAUGAAUUGGACACAAAUCAAGCAAAUGGAAAAAUUGAAAAUAAAACAAUAGAUGAAACUAAUGAGGAAACUGAGCCGCAAGUUGUUUUGAGCCCGGCUUCAGAUAAAUCCUAUCAGAUAAAUCAAGAUGCCACUAUAAACUCUACUUCUGAUCUUGAUGCAUCGAUUUCCAUUGAUAAUAAGAAGAAUAGUAUAAAGGAAACAUCCAUGCUCUCUAAUGAUUCGCCUAGUACUACAAAUUGUAGUUUAGACGUUUGUCCGUCCACACCUUGCUCAUCUCCAUUGGAUGUCUCUGAGUUAGAAGGAGAAACAACUACAGGAUCAGUAGAUAAUUACUUAACUCAACGUUCCUUUUCAAUGACCUCUCAGUCUAGCGUGAUUGGAGAAGGUAUGGUUGCUAAGUUGGAGCAACUCUUGCAUCAAGCUGGAAACCUAGCAGAAUCUGUAGGCGAAAUGAAUGCUGAUGUUGCGACACUGCGUAGAAUUGAACCUAAACUGUUAUCAAUUGCAGGAGACAGUAUUUCAUUGGGAGAAGAAACCAAUUGUGAUUCAAUGAUUAUUAAUGGUAAAGAUGAAACCUCACAAACACCAAGCCUUGAGUGGGACUCUAAUGGGAUUAAUCUAGUAUCGGAACCUGACUCCAACUACUCAACCAUCAAAGAAGAAGACGAAUCCCUGUUGAAUGAAUCCUUGUUAGGCGAUAUCUCAUUGAGUGAUAAAAGUGGAUUGCUCUCUCCAAUUAGCUCUGCUUCUCUGAAUUCGAGUAUUGAACCGUCUUUUUUAAAAUCUACACUUGGGGAUAUAACAGGUCAAUCAGAUUCAUUAGAACAUAAUGAGAAAGAAAUUAUUUCUUUAAAUUUUUCUACUUCCGAUGCCAAUGAAAAUUUCAAUGAGUCAAAGUCAAUUGCUCAGUCAAAUGGUUCGUUAUCUGUUGACAAAUAAACUCUAUUUUGCCCGUUUA